AUGGAGCAGGUGAACAAAGCGUACAACCUGUUGAUAAAGGAGGGUGCGUAUGAACGGAUGCGUGUGAAGACGCCUGGUGCGAAGGCAGGCAGCGGGACCCGUCGUCCAUGUCCGUUUUUCCAGGAGAGUGUGGAGCAACGAGAUAAGAAGGAAGCCCCAGAGGAAGGGUUCUCAGAGGAAGAAAUAGCCAAAGUGAGUGCGCUGGACCCCUCCACCGAAAGGGUGACGCCUGCUGGAAAGUAUAUGUAUGAAAGCCGUGAUGAUGGGAGUUGGAUGGAGCUAGACAAACCCUUAGUGCGUGUACACCAGCCGAGGUACGCCUCGUACGCAGCGCAGGCAGAGAUGUCAUAG